CGGUCUCCAGCAGCCAACAUGGCAGCCAGGCUCUGAACCUUCUCCGCCUGCGCCCCAACAGCCUCUUUCCUCUAGUCUCGAUCCCAGUAGGCCCCUCCCCCCUCGGAGCUCAACCUGCCGGACGAGUUGGCCUCUUUUGCGCACGCGCACCACAGGCAGUCCCGUGAGCCUCCCGGACUCCCCAGAGCAGCGGCGAAGUGGCCUUUGCAGCCACCGUCGCAGUAGCCGCUGAGAGAGUUGGGGACGGCGGGCUCGCACUGCCUGCGCGGCAGGGCAGCCAAGUGAGCUCGAGGCAUCCGGGGCCUUGACGGGAGGCCUGGAGGGGGAAAUCGCUGUGGGGGAGGGGGACCAUGGUCCAGUGCCAGGGCCGGUGACGGCGGGGCGGAGCGGAGUAGAGCAGCCCGGGACUGUGAGCACGUCUCUUACUGGGGGCCUCGCCUUCCUCCUCCUGCCAUCGCCGCCGCCGCUGGCCGCGAUCAUGUCCGGCCGCCGUUGCGCUGGCGGGGGAGGACCCGGCGCGGGCGCGGCCUCAGCUGGGGAGGCCGUGGAGCCCGCGACCCGGGAGUUGUUCGAGGCUUGUCGGAACGGGGAUGUGGAGCGCGUCAAAAAGUUGGUGACCCCGGAGAAGGUGAACAGCCGAGACACGGCGGGCAGGAAGUCCACUCCCCUCCAUUUCGCCGCAGGUUUUGGUCGGAAAGAUGUGGUUGAAUAUUUGUUGCAGAAUGGUGCUAAUGUCCAAGCUCGUGAUGAUGGGGGUCUUAUUCCUCUCCAUAAUGCCUGUUCCUUUGGUCACGCCGAAGUUGUCAAUCUCCUCUUACGACAUGGUGCAGACCCAAAUGCUCGGGAUAACUGGAAUUACACCCCCCUGCAUGAAGCUGCAAUUAAAGGAAAGAUUGAUGUUUGCAUAGUCCUCUUGCAGCAUGGAGCUGAACCAACCAUCCGUAAUACAGAUGGGAGAACAGCUUUAGAUUUGGCAGACCCAUCUGCAAAAGCAGUAUUGACUGGUGAAUAUAAGAAAGAUGAACUCUUAGAAAGUGCUAGGAGUGGCAAUGAGGAAAAAAUGAUGGCUCUACUUACACCAUUAAAUGUCAAUUGUCAUGCAAGUGAUGGCAGAAAGUCAACUCCAUUACAUUUAGCAGCAGGAUACAACAGAGUUAAGAUUGUGCAGCUGUUAUUACAACAUGGAGCUGAUGUACAUGCUAAAGACAAAGGAGAUCUGGUGCCACUACACAAUGCCUGUUCCUAUGGUCAUUAUGAAGUAACAGAACUUCUGGUAAAGCAUGGUGCAUGUGUCAAUGCAAUGGAUUUGUGGCAGUUCACACCUUUACAUGAAGCAGCAUCUAAGAAUAGAGUUGAAGUGUGUUCUCUCCUAUUAAGUUAUGGUGCAGAUCCAACUCUCCUAAAUUGUCACAAUAAAAGUGCCAUUGAUUUGGCUCCCACUCCUCAGCUAAAAGAAAGAUUAGCUUAUGAAUUCAAAGGCCAUUCAUUGCUGCAGGCUGCAAGAGAAGCUGAUGUUGCUCGAAUCAAAAAACAUCUCUCUCUGGAGAUAGUGAAUUUCAAGCAUCCUCAAACUCAUGAAACAGCAUUGCACUGUGCUGCUGCAUCUCCAUAUCCCAAGAGAAAACAAGUCUGUGAACUGUUACUAAGAAAAGGAGCAAACAUCAAUGAAAAAACAAAAGAAUUCUUGACUCCUCUGCAUGUGGCAUCUGAAAAGGCUCAUAAUGAUGUUGUUGAAGUUGUGGUGAAACAUGAAGCAAAGGUUAAUGCUUUAGAUAAUCUUGGUCAGACUUCUCUUCAUAGAGCUGCACACUGUGGUCAUUUGCAGACAUGCCGACUUCUCUUGAGCUAUGGGUGUGACCCUUCAAUCGUAUCUCUCCAAGGCUUCACAGCUUUACAAAUGGGAAAUGAAAAUGUACAGCAACUUCUUCAGGAGGGGCUCCCAUUGAGUAAUUCAGACGCAGAUAGACAAUUGCUGGAAGCUGCAAAGGCUGGAGAUGUAGAAACUGUAAAAAAAUUGUGCACUGCCCAGAGCGUCAACUGCAGAGACAUUGAAGGACGGCAAUCUACACCACUUCAUUUUGCAGCAGGAUACAACAGAGUGUCUGUGGUUGAAUACCUGCUACAGCAUGGAGCUGAUGUGCAUGCUAAAGAUAAAGGUGGACUCGUGCCUUUGCACAAUGCAUGUUCUUAUGGACAUUAUGAAGUUGCAGAAUUGCUUGUUAAACAUGGAGCAGUGGUUAAUGUGGCUGAUUUGUGGAAAUUCACACCUUUACACGAAGCUGCGGCAAAAGGAAAAUAUGAGAUUUGCAAACUACUUCUACAGCAUGGAGCAGACCCUACAAAAAAAAACCGAGAUGGAAAUACUCCCUUGGACCUUGUUAAAGAUGGAGAUACAGAUAUCCAGGAUCUACUUAGGGGAGAUGCAGCUUUGCUAGAUGCAGCCAAGAAGGGCUGCUUGGCCAGAGUAAAGAAGUUAUCUUCCCCUGAUAACGUAAAUUGUCGUGAUACUCAGGGCCGACAUUCAACUCCAUUACAUUUAGCAGCGGGUUACAACAAUUUAGAAGUUGCAGAAUAUCUGUUGCAACAUGGAGCUGAUGUGAAUGCCCAGGACAAAGGUGGUCUUAUUCCAUUACAUAAUGCAGCAUCAUACGGGCAUGUCGAUGUCGCAGCAUUACUUAUCAAGUAUAAUGCUUGUGUCAAUGCCACGGAUAAAUGGGCUUUCACUCCUUUGCAUGAAGCAGCACAGAAGGGAAGAACCCAACUUUGUGCCUUAUUGUUGGCGCAUGGAGCUGACCCUACACUAAAAAACCAGGAAGGACAAACCCCAUUGGAUUUAGUUACUGCCGAUGAUGUUAGUGCUCUUCUGACUGCAGCCAUGCCACCUUCUGCCUUGCCAUGUUGUUAUAAACCACCACAAGUCAUCAAUGGUCUGAGAAGCACAGGAAAUACAUCAGAUACUCUGUCUUCAGUUCCCUCUAGCCCAUCCACUCUCUCUGCAGCCAGUAGUCUUGACAAUUUAUCUGGUAGUUUUUCUGAACUCUCUUCAAUCGUUAAUUCGAGUGGAACAGAAGGUGCUUCAGGUUUGGAAAAAAAGGAAGUUCCAGGAAUAGAUUUUAGUAUAAAUCAGUUUGUAAGAAAUCUUGGACUUGAGCAUUUAAUCGAUAUAUUUGAAAGAGAACAGAUCACCUUGGAUGUUUUAGUUGAAAUGGGACAUAAGGAGUUAAAGGAGAUUGGGAUUAAUGCUUAUGGGCAUAGGCAUAAAAUCAUUAAAGGAGUUGAAAGACUUAUCUCUGGACAGCAAGGUCUCAAUCCAUACUUGACUCUGAAUACUUCUGGUAGUGGAACAAUUCUCAUAGAUUUGUCUCCUGAGGAUAAAGAAUUUCAGUCUGUGGAAGAAGAGAUGCAGAGUACAGUCCGAGAGCACAGAGACGGAGGUCAUGCUGGUGGAAUCUUUAACAGAUACAAUAUUCUUAAGAUUCAGAAAGUUUGUAACAAGAAACUUUGGGAAAGAUAUACUCAUAGAAGGAAAGAGGUUUCUGAAGAAAACCAUAACCAUGCAAAUGAAAGAAUGCUGUUUCAUGGUUCUCCGUUUGUGAAUGCAAUUAUUCAUAAAGGUUUUGAUGAAAGGCAUGCCUAUAUAGGUGGAAUGUUUGGAGCUGGCAUUUAUUUUGCUGAGAAUUCUUCCAAAAGCAAUCAAUAUGUAUAUGGAAUUGGAGGUGGUACCGGGUGUCCAGUUCACAAAGAUAGAUCUUGUUAUAUUUGCCACAGGCAAUUGCUAUUUUGCCGGGUAACACUAGGGAAAUCUUUCCUACAGUUCAGUGCAAUGAAGAUGGCUCAUUCUCCUCCUGGUCACCAUUCAGUCACAGGUCGGCCUAGUGUUAAUGGCUUGGCAUUAGCAGAAUAUGUCAUUUACAGGGGAGAACAGGCUUAUCCAGAGUAUUUGAUUACUUACCAGAUUGUGAAGCCUGAAGCCUUAGCUGAGGGAUAGAUAAGUGAAGGGUUGUUUUGGUUUGGUUUUUAUGAAGACAGCUAUGCUGAGCAUGAACACAUCUAAGCAGUUGGUGACCUCUCAGUUUUACUCUUUGCUGAAAAAUUCUGUUGGCCACAGAUGUGGUAUUAAAAAAUGUGAAUGAAGUUUAACAUUCUGACUUGAUAAAGCUUUAAUAAUGUACAGUGUUUUCUAAAUACUUCCUGUUUUUUCAGCACUUUAACAGAUGCCAUUCCAGGUAAAACUGGGUUUGUCUGUACUAAAUUAUAAACAGGUAACUUGAACCUUUUAUACAUUAUGCAUUGAAUUUAGCAGAAACUGUAAAAUGUUCUCAUCAGGAACUUGUCUUACUAAUACUGUGUUCUUUCAAACACAACAUUUACACUGAAUACAAUGUCAUUUGUAAAACUGUAAAUAAGAGCUUUUGUACUAGCCUUGUAUUUAUUUACAUUGCUUUGUAAUAUAAAUCUACUGUUUCAGAAUUGCAACCUUGUACAAAGUGUUUUUCAAAUGUAUUGCUCAUCUGUAUUUGAUCUUGUACAAUAGAGAGACUUUUUUGCUCUAUUCCAGAGGCUUUGUUGGCAAAAUAACUGUUUAUUAACAGUAAUUGUAGUCAUCUUGGGGAAAAUUUCUUUGUCAGCAUCAACUUUUUAAUUAAUUAUGAAAAUACCCAGCACACUUCGAAAAUCCUUCUGGUUAAAGGAAUUACUAAAUAUCUUAGAGGUUUUUGUUUAGGUUACUUUGUGUAUAUUGAAUACAUAUUCCAAAGAGCCAUGGUUGUGAUAGGUACCAGUUUGCUGAUGGGGUUUUUAUCUCGGUUUCUUGGUAGAAAAUUUUUUUUUACAUCAUUCUAUGGAAAUCUAGAGCAACUUGCUCACAAUUUUUAGUGACUAAAAUCUGCCUAUAUAGUUAAUAGAUUUCUUUAAUUGUAAAUAGUAAGUUUCUGGAGUAUUUUUCCCCCUGGGUGAAUCCCAAACUUUUCUAUAUACCUUGAGUCUAUUGAAAACCCCUUAUUCAUUUAGCAGCUGUCUGUUAAGUGCCUAUUACAUGCAAAAUACUUUAUUAGGCACCAGGAGAGAUGCAAAGCUAAAUAAGACAUUGUCUCUACAUGCAUUGACCUUAUGGUGUAGCAGAGUUCAAUAAAUAUACAGUGUGGUAGUACAGCAAACAACCACAGAGAGUAUAUCUUAGGUGUGAGCCAUUAGGUUUUUAGUUUUGAUAUUUUGUUUGUUCUAUGUUUUGUUUUGUUUUUAAUUUUUUUUAUGCCUUUCCAUUAUCAUCAUGACAGUCUACAUGCAUAACAAGUAAAUUUUUUACAGGUCCCACAGAAGUUCCAGCUCUCUGCUAUCUUUUCUUUCAUAAAUAAGGUGAAACUGGUGCCUCUGCUUCCCAUACAGCUCCACCAGGAAGACCAACUGCCUGACUAAAACCAGACUGAGUAGGGUAAAGCCCAGGUAGAGCAUUAUAAAUUACCAUGGUCUUCCUUCAUAUUGACAGCUAUCACAGGAAAUGUUGGGCCAUCUGUCCAAGAAGCAUGCUAAAGAAUCUUGGUGCAGAGUGUUGCAUUUCAUUGUGUGCCUGUCUUUAGUCAUUUUUUAAAAUCUCUAUCCCUCAGAUAUCAAGGAAGAAAGUUCACCCAUUAAAGGUGUUUGCUACUUGAGGGCAUUUCUGAUUCUUUACCCUCUAUACCAGUUUACCUUGAUUCUAUAUUCAUUUCUGAAUUCAUUGUUUGCAGUGAAUUAUUGUAAAUAGUUAUAGAAAAUCAUGGUUACUGUCUUGAGAAAAAUGGACUCCAGAUAUAUCUGGAGUUUUUUUAUUUGCUUGAUAUUAUUGGCUUUAUUUAAGAAAACAAGUUGUGAUUUUGAAGUCUUUUUAGACAGCACUCUAAUAAUUUCAGAUAAAAUCCUAAAAUUACUCUUUGAGUAUCAGUAAGUGUGCCCAUUUUGUAUAGUCUUUCAGGAUCAGAAAGUGAUCUCCUGUCUACCAAUCCCUCUCAAUUUUCUGAUUAGGUAUGUUGAGAUGAGUUAAAGAGGCUUAUAUUUAGGUACUUUUUUCUGCCAACGUUUGUCCCAUAUUACUCGCCCUGAGUGAUUCUGGAAUUGAUUGUCAUGCCAAGUUUACAAUAAUGUUAUAUUACUUAAUUCUGAUAUGUCAUUUCCCAUGAAUACUUGUAUCUCGUUCAGUAUUUUAGCAUGGAAACAUUUUUUCAAAUAGUUUUUGUUUUAGGUUUAUGCAUGACAUGCCUUAUGUUCUGAAGGUGGAAUUUUAUCAUUGUUUGGUGACUCUUUUUAAGGUGAAUUUGAACCUCUUGUGCAGUUAGUGCUACCUAACUCAUCCUAAGGUGUUUUACAUGUACUGUCUCACAUUCCGUACCCCAUUUAACAUGAAAUAAACAAUUUUGUUCACUGGU